UGUCAAUACAGUCAAACGUGAUGCACACGAAGACGGUUAUACUUUUCACUACAUUCUUUUCACCACAUUGUACUUUGAAUUAAUUAAAGUUGAUCAAAUAUUUUAUAGAUCAGGUUUGCAGAUACGUGCGCGACUGGUAUGAAGUAUAAUUUGGGAACAUUUGCACCUCGCUCUUCAGUCUUAAAGUGACCCUAUUUAAGACAUUGAACCAGAUUUGAUUCGAUUUCUACGUGUAUUUUGUGCCUGUUUUAUAGUAUGUUUUAACCACGAUUGUAUGAACACAAUUUGUUUUAAAAGAUAUAGUUAAUGUGUGGUCGCUACAUCAGGUAGUACCGUACAUGUUACUAAUAAUAUCUAUUGUGCCAGAUAUUUCUCUGUCUAAACAGUUGAAGUUAAAUAAGUUUGAUCAAUGAAUGGAACAUUUACAACAUUUAUAAAAACUUAGAUAUUUGCGCUUCGUAUUGUACAAAGGAGGAGACAAAUACUCAUUUUUAAAAAAAAAUUAAAAUUUUUAUUUUAAAGUAUAUUUCAAAUUGUUAAUUUUACACGUUGUGGUAUCAUGAAUAGAAGAUGUUGUUGCAUUUAAAAACAUAAAUCGACUGCUGUGCAAGGUCGAGCGGUGUAACUUAAUUCAUAUUUCUAUGGGAUCUCUAUGAAGUCAGCCAAAAAGAAAAAAAACAAGAGAGUUUGCUUCCUGUGUCAACGUCAGAAUCAUAACGCGGGCAGCUACACGCGUACAGCAACCCUGUCACCGGUCAACGUGUUGGAUGCGUGUAGCGGAAGGUCAUUUCUAAAUAAGUCCGAAUCAACCUAGAAUGACGUCACCAAAACUUAUCGCCCUGUGGAUAACUCGAAGGGUUGGCUGGAAGACGGUGUCCGGGCUCCUCUGUGUCGCCGUCAUGACGGUUUUCGUGGUGGACAACACACAGACUGUCCACCAAAAGAUUCAACGAUCGGCGUUCUUUGAGGCUUACAUGAGGGUAAAUGAUAAACAAGGGAUGCCAUAAGAUGACGGUACACAACAGUGCUACCCUGACACUGGGACGUGCAUAACAUUGCUACCCUGACACUAAGAUGUGCAUAACGGUGCUACCCCCGACACUGAAACGUGCACAAUAGUGCUACUCCGACACUGUGACGUACACAACAGUGCUACCCUGACACUGAGUCGUGCACAACAGUGCUACCCCGACACUGAGACGUGCACAACAGUGCUACCCCCGACACUGAAACGUGCAUAACAGUGCUACCCCCGACACUGAGACGUGCACAACAGUGCUACCCCGACACUGAGACACACACAAAAGAGCUACUCUGACGCAGAGACCAUAUACCUGCCUUUAUGAUAUGAUGUAUCUUACCUUUUUUUCAGAAAUAAUACUCAGACUGUAUAACGUCAGAGUCCAUGUGUCUGGCUCCAAAUAUUUGGCUCCAUUCGCAUGGCCUUAAAAUAAAACCUGCAGCUUUAGUUGUGUAGUACACAAAGUUUUAAACUAAAAAAACCACCAAAAACACUCGCUACCAGCUCUAAGGGACUCAGUUAUUUUUCAUUGUGAAUUUGGGCCUUGCUCCGCAAAUGAUGAGGCGUGAAGCCGAGUCAAACCAGUGAGAAGCUUGUCUUUGACCAACUCUUUCAACAUAACUCACAUAGAGGAGUGGUCCGCCACAGUGAGAAGCUUGUCUUUGACCAACUCUUUCAACAUAACUCACAUAGAGGAGUGGUUCACCACAGUGAGAAGCUUGUCUUUGACCAACUCUUUAAACAUAACUCACAUAGAGGAGUGGUUCACCACAGUGAGAAGCUUGUCUUUGACCAACUCUUUCAACAUAACUCACAUAGAGGAGUGGUUCACCACAGUGAGAAGCUUGUCUUUGACCAACUCUUUCAACAUAACUCACAUAGAGGAGUGGUUCACCACAGUGAGAAGCUUAUCUUUGACCAACUAUUUAAACAUAACUCACAUAGAGGAGUGGUUCGCCACAGUGAGAAGCUUGUCUUUGACCAACUCUUUCAACAUAACUCACAUAGAGGAGUGGUUCACCACAGUGAGAAGCUUAUCUUUGACCAACUAUUUAAACAUAACUCACAUAGAGUAGUGGUUCGCCACUGGCUGCAGUCAGGGCUAUCUAUCAUCAGUCAACUAAAUGCGUCUUUUUAAAAAAUAGUUUAUAUUAACUCCGCUUUAAGUGUGUUUAGGUUUUUUAAAAAAAUCCUCGGACGGCUAACUGACCCACUUCCCGUAUGUCUAUCGAGCUGAAACCUGGCUCAUAGACUCGUUGCCCACGGCAACGCAUUCUAUCAAAUUUUCAGCUCCACUCCCCAGCCCUCAAACAUCAGUUUCUCAGGGGGAAAUAUGAAGGACAUGGGAUGACACUGAUUGAACGAAAUAAACUUCUCGAUAACUUUGCGAAAUGAGUCUUUAACAAACAAACGUUGCAAGUGCGUUUAGUGUGAAAUAGUUUCGUUUGUUUUUGUAACAUAGUUGGUGAGAUAAAUCUGCGGUGUAAAAGUGGGUGGGACAUGAAUAUAUUCAUAUAAAAUAACAAUGCAGAUUGAUACGGUGAACUUUGUUUUAAAGGGCUGUUUAAUUUCCACCGCACUGCGGGCCUACCAGAAAAGUUGUACAGAAAUUUCACGGCUUGAAGUCGGAUCUGUCAUUAUUCUUAAAUGCUCAUUGAGAAAAACACCCAUUCCCUACAGUUGCUGGCACAGCAGAGCAGUCCGAAAGGUUGCAGAGCCAAUCACAGCUUCCGGGAAGCCGAUAUGCUGCUGCAGCUGUACAACAACAUAUCGCUCGGGCGGGUCAAGAGGAUCUCGAUUCCAGAGCUCUAUCAUCUCGGCGACGCCCAGAACUACACACAAUUCCUGAACACGUUAAUCAGCAAAAGAAAACGAGGACCUCUCCUCCAAGGAUAUCUCAAUAACACGGGGUGAGUGACGACAGCUGAUUUACGCAUGGCAUUUCGAAACGCUUAAUUUGAUGUCACUAUUUAUUGUGAUUUAGUUUGCUCGAUAUUACAUUUUGUAAAGGAUUUACGGCUGGAAAAAACUUUGUUUUUUUAGGGGUCGCAUUAGUUCAAAAUGUGUUCUUGUUGUCGACAGGAACGCAUAUUUUGCCCCAAAUACAAACAAAUUAAAUUAUGUUUUGUAAACAAAGACAGACGCUCUAAAGAUUUUUAUUUGAACGUCUUCACAGGGGUUCCACGUGGGACAGGUUCUACAAAAGCAUCAGCCAGUAUCACCUGUACCACCCUUAUGAGAACAACGUUAUCAACGAUUUAUUGAAGGACGUUAGCACUAGGCCAAUUGUUUCUUCAGGUCGGUAGCGCUCGAUAAAAUUCAACCAGAUUUUUUAAACUCUUUUAAAAAAAAUUUUUUAUGCAGGUACAACAUUCAGAGGGCUGAACUGAAUCCCCAACCUGGGCCUUGUGCCCCCCCCCCGCACCCUGGGACUUGCGUCGACACACUGGGCCUGGUGUCCCCACCCUGGGCCUGAGUAAAAUUAUAGCAACAAGCAGUAUUGGUUGAUCAGAGAUACGUCAAUAACCUAAAGCUUACUUUCUCCGGUUCCUUUUUUCUUCUCCUAACACCCAACGAUACAAUGAAUCCCCCCCCCCCAAAACUUGAGAGCCGUUACAGGCAUGCGACUAAAAAGCGUGGGACGCCCAUGAAGUACAAUGAUGUCAUAUUACUUUUGUGUGGGUUGCUCUGUCCUUUUGUUGGUCUGUGAGCGGUCAAUCCUUACCUCUCUAUGUCGACUCACUUCCUCAUCUCCCACUGAGCUGAAACAAGAACAUUGGAUUCGUGGGCGCCAGCGCGCCCAACAAUUAUAUAUAUAUGUGUGUGUGUAUUUAUAUUUACUGAAGAAGUAAGUUUACAAACAUAUAGCCCAUUCAAUUAUCUUACAUUAGAUACCUCAUUUUGUCUCAUAAACCCAAAAGUAAUAUUUUAAAUAUUUUUUUUUAAUGCAAUUCUCUCACUUCUGGUACUCGGGUGCGAAUAGCCACUUCGUUAAAAUAAAUCUAGGGCGAACGUCUGGUGAGAAACGCAGUGUGAACGUUUUUAAAUUCUCAUUGUAUCAUCUUUGAUCAUCAUUGAUAAUCUUUUAUCCUCUUUGAUCAGCUUUCAAGGGAGGUGGCAGCCAGUUUAAGAUGCUGCUGACAUUUGAUAAUGGAGCUCGUGGCCUUUUCAAACCAAUGAGGUGGGUGUGGACUCAUAAUACUUAUGAGACUUGGUCUCAGCGUGAAAAUUAAGAGCAUAGUUCUCAGCAUGUGACCAUGUAUAUGGAAGGUAACUCUUCCUUGUAUUGUACAUCGACCAUUAAGCAAGGCUUAAUGUUCCUGCAAAUAAUUUUGUGUGUGGAUGUGUGUCAGUCCAUGUUAAAAAUGUGUCUGUUUGUCUGAUAAGAUUCAUAGCUAUGCAUCUUGCUGUGACAAGAUAAGAUUCAUAUCUAUACAUGUUUCUGUGACAAGAUAAGAUUCAUUUCUAUGCAUGUUUCUGUGAUAAGAUAAGAUUCAUAUCUAUGCAUAUUUCUGUGACAAGAUAAGAUUCAUAUCUAUACAUGUUUCUGUGACAAGAUAAGAUUCAUUUCUAUGCAUGUUUCUGUGAUAAGAUAAGAUUCAUAUCUAUGCAUAUUUCUGUGACAAGAUAAGAUUCAUAUAUAUGCAUGUUUCCGUGACAAGAUAAGAUUCAUAGCUAUGCAUCUUGCUGUGACAAGAUAAGAUUCAUAUCUAUACAUGUUUCUGUGACAAGAUAAGAUUCAUAUCUAUACAUGUUUCUGUGACAAGAUAAGAUUCAUUUCUAUGCAUGUUUCUGUGAUAAGAUAAGAUUCAUAUCUAUGCAUAUUUCUGUGACAAGAUAAGAUUCAUAUCUAUGCAUGUUUCUGUGACAAGAUACGAUUCAUAUCUAUGCAUGUUUCUGUGACAAGAUAAGAUUCAUAUCUAUGGAUGUUUCUGUGACAAGAUAAGAUUCAUAUCUAUGGAUGUUUCUGUGACAAGAUAAGAUUCAUAUCCAUGCAUGUUUCUGUGACAAGAUACGAUUCAUAUCUAUGCAUGUUUCUGUGACAAGAUAAGAUUCAUAUCUAUGAAUGUUUCUGUGACAAGAUAAGAUUCAUAUCUAUGGAUGUUUCUGUGACAAGAUAAGAUUCAUAUCUAUGGAUGUUUCUGUGACAAGAUAAGAUUCAUAUCCAUGCAUGUUUCUGUGACAAGAUACGAUUCAUAUCUAUGAAUGUUUCUGUGACAAGAUAAGAUUUAUAUCUAUGGAUGUUUCUGUGACAAGAUAAGAUUCAUAUCUAUGCAUGUUUCUGUGACAAGAUAAGAUUCAUAUCUAUGCAUGUUUCUGUGACAAGAUAAGAUUCAUAUCUAUGCAUGUUUCUGUGACAAGAUAAGAUUCAUAUCUAUGCAUAUUUCGGUGACAAGAUAAGAUUCAUAUCGAUGCGUGUUUCUGUUACAAGUUUCAUAUCUAUGCAUCUUUCUGCGUUCCGGCUCAUUAUCACUUAUAUAUAUUUUGCUUGUGGUGUGACUGCUUCACAAAAUGCUAUCGUCAAUGUUUGGCGAGCUAUAACUAGUUAUGAAUGUUCCUUUGUCCAGGUUCUAUAUUCUGAAUGUUUCUUUGUCUAGGUUCUAUUAAUGAACGUUUCUUUGUCGAAGUUCUAUAUUCUGAAUGUUUCUUUGUCCAGGUUCUAUAUCAUGAAUGUUUCUUUGUACAGGUUCUAUAUUAUCAAUAUUUCUUUGUCCAGGUUCUAAAUCAUGAAUGUUUCGUUGUCCGCGUUCUAUAUCAUGAAUGUUUCUUUGUCCAGGUUCUAUAUCAUCAAUGUUUCUUUGUCAAGGUUCUAUAUCAUCAAUGUUUCUUUGUCCAGGUUCUAAAUCAUGAAUGUUUCGUUGUCCGCGUUCUAUAUCAUGAAUGUUUCUUUGUCCAGGUUCUAUAUCAUCAAUGUUUCUUUGUCCAGGUUCUAUAUCAUCAAUGUUUCUUUGUCCAGGUUCUAAAUCAUGAAUGUUUCGUUGUCCGCGUUCUAUAUCAUGAAUGUUUCUUUGUCCAGGUUCUAUAUCAUCAAUGUUUCUUUGUCAAGGUUCUAUAUCAUGAAUGUUUCUUUGUCCAGGAUCUAUAUUCUGAAUAUUUCUUUGUCCAGGUUCUAUAUUCUGAAUAUUUCUUUGUCCAGGUACCCGAGGGGAGUGGACACCUUCCUGAACUACUUUUACUUCGAUGACUUUGAGCGUCACACAGCUGAGAUAGCAGGCUAUCAUCUGGACAAGUGCGUAACUGUCGCCAGAUUUAGACAUAAGCAAUUCACAGAAUAAUGUUAAACCAACAAUCUAAUUUAUUCUUUUUGCUAACAUUAUAUUCACCAAAUGGCUUGUGAAUAAUUUACAUUGAAGUACACUCAACCCAGUUUAAUAGCAAGUGGGGAAAAUAAAAAGUGGUGGGGAAUGAUUUGGGGGCUAAUAGCAGGGAUUGUUAUCUUGAAUUGUAAAAAAAAAAAAAAACAAGAAAAAAAAUUGUCCUAUUUUUUGUAUGAUUGUAAUAGGGUACACUGUGAUCGUGCCUGCAGAAUUUAAACUGUCCCUAUUAUUAUUAGGUCUAAUUAUAUCUUAACCAGUUGUUUACCAAAAUGAGAUGAGUCUGUGCCUGUAUUGUCACCGUAGGCUCCCGCGGUGGAAAGUUAAACUGGCUCAAUCAUUGUAGAGUCACCUGUUCAUUUUUUUAUAUACAUUUCUUUUUACAGAUUGUUGGAAUGGUGUAUAAUUGCCUACGAUACUAACCAACUUUCUGCUUUACACAAAAAUGUUAAAUGUUAUCAGAGACAUUUUUAAGAUUCCAGAUUCCUUUGGUUACACGUGUAUGACAUUUUCUGUCAUAGAUUCGAAUGUUUAAAAAAAAAAUUAAACAAACCAAAGAAGAUAUACUCUUAUAAAGCUCUUGUUGGUCAAUGUCUAAUAGUUGUGUGUUGUGAUAAUAUGUGUAGUUUUUUCAAUGUAUAGGAUUGUUAAAACUUGUUUAAAGUUACCACCAAGCAAGGAGAAGUUUAGCGUUAAUGGCGUAAAAAAAAAGGGGGGGGGGCGGUACAAUAUUCUUUAAAAUAGUAAAACAAAGAGGAAUACAAUAAUUUGAAGACAAAGCAGUUAAGUUUAUGCUUUCUUAAGAGCUUCUCUCUCUCUCUCUCUCUCUAUCUUUAAUAUUGCUUUCUCUCUGUUCAUCUCUCUCUCUCUCUCUCUCUCUCUCUCUCUCUCUCUCUCUCUCUCUCUCUAUCUAUCUUUAAUAUUGCUUUCUCUCUGUUCAUCUCUCUCUCUCUCUCUCGAACUAUUGAACCUUCUCUCUCACCCCUACCUCUUGCUCCCUCCAACUCUCGCUCUCUUUAUCUAUCUCCCUCUCUCCCCCCUCUCGCUCUCCCUCUCUCUCUCCCUCCCUCUCUCUCUCUCUCUCUCUCUCGCUCUCUCCGUCUCUCCCUCUCCCUCUCUCUCUCCCUCUUCUCCCUCUCUCCCUUUCUCCCUAUCUCCCUCUCUCCCUCUCUCCCUCUUCCCCAUUUCAAAUUUUGCAUUUUGUUAUAGUUUUAAAAUAAAUAAAUUAAGCUUUGAUUUUUUUCAAGGGUUCUAGGGUUUCACAGGGCUCCCCCUACCGUUGGCAGGGUAGUGAACAUGACCUUGGAUGUGCUCAUGCAUGGCACCUCUGAGGUGAAAAAUAAAACGUAUGUCUCGCCAGGUAAGUUAAUCUUUUUUAGACCAAAAAAAAAUUAUAGGUCAAUAUCACAUGCAGGGCGGAAUCAACACAUGCGCGUUAAGCAAAUUCAUUCAUGUUUAUUAAAAUGAUCACACGACGGGACGUUCAACGUUCACCUUAACGUCUUAAAGACACAUUUUAAUUUAUUUAGCUAUAAGAAAUUGUUGUGAAUCUAAUGAUACGAAAUUAUAAAUCGGAUAUUUUAAGUAUUUAAAAAAAAAAAAAGCUUUAAGAAAAACAAUGAUGCCACUGAAGCAGUGGAUGCAAUGCGAGUCAAUCUAUUCAGACACUACAGAAGUUACCGUAACCCCAGCAGAAAGACGUGCAUGUAUUUUAUCGUAGUUCAACACAACUCAUUGAAUGCAUGGGCUCUACAACUGUCUAAUCCGAGACGAGAGCCUUUGUGCUUUGUGUGCAAUGAUUGCCGCAUGCUGCACUGUGGUGGUACCUUCAGAAGUUAAAUAUACCCUAUUAUUAAUAGUAUCUUAGUCUGUUAUUUACCAAAUGGUUGGGGGGGGGGGGGGUUAUAUCACCUUAACAAACUGGCUCUAUCACCACGACAAACUGGCCCUAUCACCAUGACAAACUGGCUCUGUCACCAUAACAAGCUGGCGCUAUCAGUAAUAUCACCACAACAAACUGGCUCUAUCACCAUAAUAAACUGGCUCUAUCACCAUAACAAACUGGCUUUAUCACCACAACAAACUUGCUCUAUCACCACAACAAACUGGCUCUAUCGCCAUGACAAACUGGCUCUAUCACCAUGACAAACUGGCUCUAUCACCAUGACAAACUGGCUCUAUCACCAUGACAAACUGGCUCUAUCACCAUGAAAAAAUGGCUCUAUCACCACAACAAACUGGCUCUAUCACCAUGACAAACUGGCUCUAUCACCACAACAAACUGGCUCUAUCACCACAUCGUAAACCUGUCAUUUCCCCAGAUGGGAACCUUUGUGUGCACAAUCACUGCAGGCUUCACUGUGAUCACAUCUGUGGAAGUCCCGAACUUUUAGAAGGUUCGGUGUCUGUCUUCUUGCCCAACGAAACACUCAGUCCAAGAUCUCUAAACACUCGCCAUCCUUACAGUCCAAUAUGGAGGAGAACGAUCAAGGUAUCGACCGACUCGCCAGAAUUGUGUAUUAUCACUUUAGCAGUCUAUAGACCUUUGAACUUUGUUGUUGUUGUAAUUGUUGCCAUUAAUGACAUGCUAUAGCAUUUUUAUUUGUUAAUGGCUCAUACGUAUUUUCUAAAGAUUCUUGUCCUACAAUGGUUAGGUUCAACAUUCGACAUAACGUGGUCAAUAUAUUUGUUGUGUGUUAAAUCUAAAUAAUUCAGCCCUGUUGAGAUAUUUAAUCACAAUACUACAGUUUAAUACAACAGUUUUGUACUACAGUUUUGCAUUGCUUUGUCCACUUUAGGCCGAAUGGGAAAGUGACCCCACCUACUGUGAGCGUCGUCUCAAAAAUAACAAAAAUAACACUGAAUACACAAGUGGGCGACUGCUGCUGGAUAUUAUCGACAUGGCCAUUCUCGAUUUUUUUACAGGUCAGGAUUUAACUACCGGGGAGUUAAGAGAGGCGUCAGAGGGUUAGGGGGCUGAUGGGGACGGACUUUAGUUUACAAGGGAUCAUCGGCAGAAAAUGGUAUCAUCGUUAGCUACGAAUAAUGCCGGAUUAAAUGCCCCGGGGACCCCCGAAUUUCCCAACACUGAUACGAAAUACGACACUUAAAAUAGGGCAUGAACUAUUAUACAAUUCCUCAGGAUAAGUCUCUCGAUUUUUUUUUGUGACAGCCACUUUAAUUGCGAUAUAUAUAUCAUUGUUUGGAACUCAACGAGAAACCCACAAAACAGAUGAUGAAAUUAUAUGCGUCCACAUUGCACGAAGGUCAAGUUAUGCGCAGUAAUUUACUCUUCCUCAGAGAACAAGCACUUUCAUGCAAGCUCUUCCAUAACACAGGCUCUUCCAAAACAUAAGCUCUUCCAAAACACAAACUCUUCCAAAACACAAGCUCUUUCAAAACACAAACUCUUCCAAAACACAAGCUCUUUCAAAACUCAAACUCUUCCAAAACACAAACUCUUUCAAAACACAAGCUCUUCCAAAACACAAGCUCUUUCAAAACACAAACUCUUUCAAAACACAAACUCUUCCAAAACACAAACUCUUCCAAAACACAAGCUCUUCCAAAACACAAACUCUUUCAAAACACAAACUCUUUCAAAACACAAACUCUUUCAAAACACAAACUCUUUCAAAACACAAACUCUUCCAAAGCACAAGCUCUUCCAAAACACAAACUCUUCCAAAACACAAGCUCUUCCAAAACACAAACUCUUCCAAAACACAAGCUCUUCCAAAACACAAGCUCUUCCAAAACACAAGCUCUUUCAAAACACAAACUCUUCCAAAACACAAACUCUUUCAAAACACAAACUCUUCCAAAACACAAACUCUUCCAAAACACAAGCUCUUCCAAAACACAAGCUCUUCCAAAACACAAGCUCUUUCAAAACACAAACUCUUCCAAAACACAAACUCUUCCAAAACACAAGCUCCGAUUUACGGAUUUGUCCAACAGAUGCGACACGCCUGUAAACUGUCUGCCGAGCUAUGAAAGUGCAAAAACUCGGUCCCAUAAACAGAAUGAGAUAUCUCAGUAUGCCAGUCAACUAGUUUACUAUGAUUUUUAAUUACAUAUCAAAUAUUUAAAAAAAAUGCACAGUCUUUAUACCGACAAACACGCAUGGACAUUGUAUUUAUUUAGGUAACAUGGAAAGACAUUGUAUUUAUUUAGGUAACAUGGAAAGACAUUGUAUUUAUUUAGGUAACAUGGAAAGACAUUGUAUUUAUUUAGGUAACAUGGAAAGACAUUGUAUUUAUUUAGGUAACAUGGAAAGACAUUGUAUUUAUUUAGGUAACAUGGACAUACAUUGUAUUUAUUUAGGUAACAUGGAAAGACAUUGUAUUUAUUUAGGUAACAUGGACAGACAUUGUAUUUAUUUAGGUAACAUGGAAAGACAUUGUAUUUAUUUAGGUAACAUGGAAAGACAUUGUAUUUAUUUAGGUAACAUGGAAAGACAUUGUAUUUAUUUAGGUAACAUGGAAAGACAUUGUAUUUAUUUAGGUAACAUGGACAUACAUUGUAUUUAUUUAGGUAACAUGGAAAGACAUUGUAUUUAUUUAGGUAACAUGGACAUACAUUGUAUUUAUUUAGGUAACAUGGAAAGACAUUGUAUUUAUUUAGGUAACAUGGAAAGACAUUGUAUUUAUUUAGGUAACAUGAAAAGACAUUGUAUUUAUUUAGGUAACAUGGACAUACAUUGUAUUUAUUUAGGUAACAUGGAAAGACAUUGUAUUUAUUUAGGUAACAUGGACAGACAUUUCUAUGAGAGGUUCACAGAGUUCGGAGCUGAUACCUUUCUUAUACACUACGACAACGGCAAAGGGUACGUACUGCAACCAUCUCGAACAAUUUACAACGACCAAAGUUGUAAAAUGAUAUUCAUGGUCCGGUCUUUGUCCGAAAACUAACACCAGCAAAAUAACUUAGAGAAAUGACCAUAACGUGUACGGUAGAUAUGUCGAAGAAUGUGGUCAGUUUUGGAGUGUACCGUGUUUUGAAAAAUAAAGCUUCUCUCUGGUCUUCCUGAAGAGAACGUACGCAUCGGUGACUUUCGUGGUUAUACUGCAAGUAGAUGUAUCGAUGUGAUAGAAACAAGUAGAGUUGAGUCUGAAAUGAGCUGAUUAGCAAGAGUUAGCAAAAUAAAUAUCAUGAUCACAAUGUCCUUAUGAUAAUUUAAUUAUGAUAACGUCAUUCUGACAAUGUCGUUAUGGUAGUGUCAUUAUAAAAAUGUAACCUUGACAAUGGAGUUAGUUGCAGCAAAGUCUUUAUGACAAUGCAAUGAUAACAAUGUCAUUAUGAAAAUGUCAUUAUGUCGAUGCCAUUUUAACAACGUCAUUCCAACAAUGUUGAUCUUGGACAGGUUUGGCAGAGCCAAAGAUGACUGCAUGACGUGUCUGGCUCCGGUGCAACAAUGCUGCAUGAUCCGAUUGUCCACUUUGGCGAAACUCGUCAAACUGUAUCAGGGACCGGACAGUCUCGGCCAGGUGCUCAGAGACUCAAUGACCUCUGACCCCUUGUCGCCGAUCCUUUUGGACCAUCACCUGGACGCCCUGGAUAGACGGGUUGGGAUUGUGCUGAAGACCAUCCACAGGUGCAUCAAGGGGAAAACUUCAUGGAGCUCUGUAGUUAUAGACGAUGGUUAUAUGUAAAUUAUAUCAACUCAAACGGGGCGCUGUAGUUAAAUUAUAUAAAAAAAAUAUAUUUAUGUGUACAUUUUAAAGAGCAAUUCAAACGCAUGUCUUUAGUUAGAUACACUGUCUUGCCGCUAGUUUUUUGUAUAGAUGACAAAUUUUUUAGUCUAAAAAAAAUAUUUUGUCUUGUCG